AUGAAUUCAGCAGAUGAGGAUUUAUUAACUACAUACGGCUCACCUAGGUUUGGAGUGAGCGACGAAAACUCUGAUGGUCAGGAUGUCCGAAAUCGCAUACAAAGCCUGAAAUCGCACCCAUCAUCCUUUUGGAUCCGCAACUUCAAUCAGACGCCUGCUGCGUCCAGCAGUGUAUCCUCAGAUACCGAUAUUGAUAUUCAAGAUGGGCGAUGGAAGGGAGACUCUUCAGAAGAAAAUGCUGGAAACUCGUCUCUGCAGACGUCUUCUCACAAGGACACGGAUGACUCUUCUGACGACGUUGUCGCUUCUGACGAGGUUGCUGCCUCUGAGACUUCUAAUGGGGAGGGAACAAUAAAGGAGCCGUCCUCUUCCGACGCGGUGCUUGAGACGUCCGGAGACUCCGAAAGCAGCGCCUCAGGAGCUACGAGUUCCGAGCCAGAGCACGAUCCAAGUGACAACGAAGAUGUGAAGGAGGAAGAGGAAGAGGACAGGGAUGAAGAAGAAUCUCAGGAGGCGCAACCUAUGAGAUUCGUGUGGUGGAACGGGAAUGCUGCUGCAUCAAAUUAUACGAAUGAGCCCGUGGACAUCACAUCAGCUAAACGGCAGGCUGCGCUAGAUCGACUGCUUGAUAAGUUACAGAACGCAUUAGAAGAAGGUGCUGGUCGCAAGGCGUGUAUCGGAAUUCUUGAAGCGGUUAAGAUAGUGGCUGCGGAUAGCGGGGACAGUAGUAGCUCCGAAACAGUUGGGUCCCGGAUAACCGGCGAUGGGAAUGAUGUGAGAGGAAGAAGAUUGGAAAAGGAUUUCGAAGAGCGAAAGAGUCGUCACCGGGAUCAUUCGAGGCGAAGUGGUUCUCGGAAAAAGCGAAGAGAGCCCUCCAACCGUCAGUUGCAGCAGGGAUUAUUGGCGUUGAGCCAACUAAUAGAGGCGAAGAUGUCUCAAUCCUCGACUAGCGAAACGUCAACUUCACCGGAGACUUCUUACAAAGACAGUUCGUCUUCGUCCAAGUCGGACCCUGCGGGUUCUUCGUUUCCCAGUUCGGGUUCGGCUUCAGGGUCGCAUAAGUUUGUCACGGAUCCACGCGUGGCUCAGCUGGAGUUGGAUUGCAUGCAGCUACGGGAUACUAUCAACGAGCUGCAGGCUCUAGCGGAUGCCCAGAGUGCGCAUUUGAAGAGUACGCUCACUACAUUGGAGAGGUAG